GGACGGUCUGACGUGAUAAAGACACAACGUUAAAUCAGAUUGGACGAUGUGAUUAGUGACUUGUCCCUGCCCACCCCGCCCCCAACAGCCUGGUCGGUUUUCCUACGCCAGCAGCGGUGUGUCACCGAGGCUGGGCUGCUGCUGGAGAGACCCGGAGCCAGGGCAAACCUCAACCAGUCUACCCACACUGGCAUCGCAGCGGGGCUGAGGGGCUGCCCCUGCGAGUGUUAAAACUGACCACCGUUUCGGUUGGAUCUUACGCCUCUUGUCUGUCAUCACUGCCCGUCCUCCUGAUGUCGGAUUUCAAGCUCGGGAUCGUACGGCUCGGCCGUGUGGCCGGGAAGACAAAGUACACAUUGAUCGAUGAGCAGGACAUACCUCUGGUGGAAAACUAUGCGUUUGAGGCGCGCAUGGAGGUCGAUGCAGAUGGAAAUGGAGCAAAGAUCUUUGCCUACGCUUUCGACAUCGGCAAAGGCCGCUGGGCAGGAAGGCCAUUGCAUGAGCUUCUUUGGGAGAAGCACAGAGGAGGUAUUGCCCCCAGUUUUCAAGUCAUCCACAUAAACUCUGUGACCGUGGACAACAGGCUAGACAACCUGCGGCUGGUGCCUGUAGGCUGGAGUCCCAAACCGGAGGAGAUCUCCAGCAAGCAGAGAGAACAGUCUCUUUACUGGCUGGCCAUCCAGCAGGUACCUGCAGACCCUGUGGAGGAGCAGUAUCUGGAGCUGAGCCGCACACGCUACUACAACGCUAACGGGGAGCUGGUGGAGGAAGAGGAGUGCUCCUGCACUUACUACGAGUGUCAUUAUCCUCCGUGUUCACUCAUCGAGAGGAGGCUCCGGGAGUUCAACAUCUGCGGUCGCUGCCAAGUGGCACGUUACUGCGGCUCCCAGUGCCAGCAGAGGGACUGGCCCGCCCACAAGAAGCAGUGUCGUGAGCGCAAGCGGGUGCUGGCCCUGGAGUCGGAGCCCGAACGAUGAUCUGCCAUCAUCCUCGCCCAGGAGAGAGGAGGGAGAACGGAAGGGGGAAGCUGGGUUAGACUUGUGGGAGGGGAGCGGGGAUGAAGUGCAAAUUUUGGAAAAAUGCUGACAAGAGACUAACGACAGAGGACAAUGUUGGUUGCUUGAUGGACUAUGGUGGUUAAUAGAUGGAGGAUAUGGAAUCAAAAAGACAUCCGCCACUUCCCAGAACUGGUAUUUCUCCAUAGCUUGCUUUUCAUGUGGAUGACGCGGAAAGUUUUGUUUAUCUUUAUUUUUCUCGAGGAGGGAGACCCUCGAGCUCUACUUGCUGCUAUGGUUUUGUAGGUGAGGGGGGAAAAAGUUGUCUUGUUGAUGAACUGAACAAGCUACUUUGGACCACAACACGGACAGUCGUCGUCAUCCACUUUCGUUCCUCCACCCAGCCGCUGGGUGCGGUGACAUCUGUGCAAAAAGGGGGAGGGGGGAGGGAGACCCCAGGGGCUGCAGUACCCGUCGUUCAGCUGGUACAAUGGGACAUGGACCUUUUCACUGUAUCGCUCCCUUUCUGACCUCUCUGCUGCACAUGGCUGCUGUCUUCAUGGUCAUCGACUCCUUAGCCGCCUCCAUGCCUGUCUGUCUGUCUAUCUGUCUGUCAGUCUUACCCCACUAACCCGGCGCCCCACCCCUGCACCGCCAACCACAACACACAUCAGAGUUCACUGAUUGAAUCACACUAACAGUAUUGAGUGUGGGCGUGUGUGUGUGUGUGUGUGUGUGAAUGCUUAUGUAUGUAUGUACGUGUAUGUGUUGCCAAGAUGUACUGAAGGACAUUGACAUGGUGAACAAGGUUUUUUUUCAGGGUUAUUGUAUGUGACUUAUUUUCUUAAAGGGGGCCAUAUGUCACCGUUUUAAAUUUCAUAUUUAAUCAGAAAUUACCAAGUUAAAAUAUUUUUGUCCUAUAAUAAAGUAGCUGCCAAAUAAAGGCUGUAUUUUCUUUUCUGGAAGUCUUGACACAAUGGCAAAAAUAUUUUUGUUUGAUCUCCUCCAUAAAUUUGAUUAGAUUUUUGUUGUUGAUAAGGUUCAAGGUUGAGAUGACUUCUAGUAACUGGAUGUUUGACAUUUAAAAGCAAACUGAAUUUCCCAAAUUCUCCAGUUAUGUGCAAUAUCUGUUCCUGGUGUCACUGGUACUGAAACAGGCACAUUUUUUCACAAUUAACCCCCGAAACAAAGCUUGUGAUGCUGGCAAAAGUGAUUAUGUCAGUAUCUCCCACACAUCUCCUACUUCAACCUGCAGUCUGGCACUACUGUAUCAGCUGGCUUCCAUCCCUCCAGUCAGUCUUUCAUUUGCUAGUUUUUAACAGACACCUGUCUUUCAUCUUUAUUCACAUCUGCGGGGUUAUGAUAUGAGUGUGUUGGGGUAGAUUGUUCUCAUUUUCUGUGUAAGAAUUUGCUCUAAGGUUUUUUUUUUCAAAGAAAAUCCAUCAACGGAGCUAUAUUUAUUUAAAAUGUUUGAUUGUGAUUUUCUUUUGUCCUGGUGAUAUUUGAAGGCAAGCAUUAUAAAAAGUGGACAAUGUGGGACCUUUUUAUGUCACAUCUAGGGCAGGGGAGAGGGGGAAUGAUUACUUCCACCUCUUAACGUUUCGUUGCCCAUAUUUCUUUUCUAUCUUGAUCCCGAAAUGCAUAAGUCAGUCCUCCUCGGUGUUGCCCUUCCAGAUUUUUCCAUGAAAUCACUGCACACCAUCUGUGUCAUUUAAAAAAAAAUCUUCCAUGUGAGAGACGUCUGGGAGUGUAAAACUUGAAUUCCCCUCCUUUACACACCUUUUAUUUGUGAUUAUUUCUUUUCUGGAGUGGUUUUACAAACUGAACCAUUUCCUGUGAAAAACAUGUCCUUUGUCCUCCUCCUAAAUCGCCUGCCUUCCUUGUAUUACCUGCAGCGCACACCUGCUUAAUGUGUCCUCUCAUGUCUUAGAUGAGGUGUCCAGACACUUAGUAAGCAUGUGAUCCACAGACGUACAUGCGACUCGUUGAUUGUUCAUUUUGUAUGUGUGUGUGAACAGGUUUUCAACACUGCACUAAAAAUUUGGCUCCCCGUGUUGGCGUAUUUGUCAUAGAUGGGUCGAAGGGAGGGGGUGUGAUUUGCAAUUUGGAGUGUACAGGUUAUGUCAGAAAUCUUUUUGUUUUGUAAGAAUAUAAACAUUAAUCACAUUAGAAAUAAAGAGCUACAAUAUGUGAAUGGAAGGACAGUUGGGGAUAACUGACAGUUGCUUUUCCAAUGUUAAAUGAUAAUAAAUAAAAUGAACCUCAUUUGUCGAGUGACGGUGGUACAUGUUA